AUGUACUUUUCAUAUUAUUUAAUUUGUUUAAGGAAGUUUAAAGCCUCGCCUUCCCUUCUCACAUUCAAAAGUAGUUGCACAUAGUCUUUUCUGAUUUUACAACAAGGGCAAAUACAUAUUGCUUGGUAACUAUUACAUUUGAAUUGAGAAAAAUUGAAAAACUUUUUUGUUUGUUUGUUUGUUUUUUUGGAGAGGGAGUAUGAAAGAGCUACACAUCUUUGAAAUUGUCACUGGUAUAGUGCAAGACAUGCUGAUUAAAAAAUAAAUAAAGUGACAGGCAAAUAUGUAGCCUAAUUAACUGAAAAGCUGAAAAGAAAUCUGUUUUAGAUGUAAUAAUUUUUUUCUCAAGAAAUUAAAUAGACAGCACAGGUGAAAGUGGCAAAUCCUGUUAACAGAAGAACUUCACACUGCGGCCUGUUUCAUGAUUAAAGACCUAAUAAUGUUAUAAGGAUCAUUUUGUAGUGAAGUGUUGAUUUAUGCUGUCAGCAUCUUUGACAGGGUGAUCUUACAGAUGUCUUGCUGACUGGAAAUGCACCGCACGUGGAGUUCUCUGCUGCUCAUCAGAUGACUUUACAAGGAAUUCAUAUUGAUUUCCUCACAGAUCUGCCUUAGGGGUCUAACAGACCACAGACACUCAAGCACUUGACAGAGUACAAACAUGAUUUUUGGUGCAUGUAAAAAGGGUCAUUAUCAUACUUUUCCCAGUAAAACAGCUCCUUGAACUUGUAAAUAAUUAAUGUGGUCAUUUACAGUUUGCUAGACUUUAUUUCUGUGAAUGCUUCACUGUUCUCUGUCCUUCGCUGCCGCUGUCUGGCACAGCGUCACCUUGUGUUUAAAUGAAACACGUGUAGGCCUAUAAAACAAAAGAAGAAGAACUACGGGACUUUUUUCUGUGGUGAAGUAUUUCGUUCAGAUGAAAUGAAGACAUUAUAGUUUCAUAUCAAGUAGUCGUGAACGCGCACCGCCAGACCUCCGCUGUUGCUGCGUGCGUGUCCACGCUUUAUGAAGGCGCGCCCCCGCGCUCCCUCAGGUGAAUGGAGCGAGGCACAGGACGAGUCCUGCGUGCGUCUCUGGCCGAGCUGAAGUGACAAAAAUGGGGCUUCGCGGACCGACCAGGGCGGGGGUGUACAUGACAGUCUGCCUUCUGUGGGUGACUGGAUGCUUUACCCAAAAAGUUUACUUUGAUUGUGGCGCCAAGGUGGAUGUUGUGGAUGUGCAGGGCCUCAUUCUGUCACCUGGCUUCCCGUAUAACUAUUCAUCUGGAACUCACUGUGUUUGGCAGUUCUUUGUACCUGUUGGUCAUCAGCUAAUCAUGGAGAUGUUUGAUUUUGAUGUCUUUGAAAGUCACAACAGUCCUGCAAGAUAUACCACCACAUCUGCUGCCAUUGUGGAUGAUGACCCGAAUGAAGGUGGCUCGCUGGUUUCAAAAAUCCUCGGGAGUCCAAAGGAACCCCAGUCCACACACAGAGAGGAUGUCAAGCAAGUGGUGAUCCAAGAGCAGUCCACCAAAAUGGAGAUGACCAAAGUUUCCAAUUCUGCCAAAAUGCUUUCUGAUUCCCUCUUAGCUCCACAAGCAUCUCUUCCAGUUGAAAACAGAAAUUCUAUUUCAUCUCCGGCAUCAAGAGCAGCCAGUGACUUUAUCUCUACAAGCCCACAUACAGCCACAGAAACAGAUGACGCUUUGAGCACUGAGACCCAGCCACCUUUGUUUGAUGCCUGUCCCCAUGAUGUCCUCUACAUAUCUGAUCUCAUCACCUUCUCCUCCCGAUUCUGUGGCUCUAGACGCCCUUCUAGCAGCCAGUUGGUGUUUGGGUCUGAUGAUGACAUGGUGGAGGUCGUUAUGGAGUUGAUUACCACUACUCACUGGGGCCGUGGUUUCGCUCUCCUCUUCCAUUAUCAGAAUCAAACACAGGCAGCCACAAGAGAACAGCAGAGAUCGCUAGUGACCUCGGACAGCAGAACUGGUGCACUGCUCGGUGCUAUAAGUGGAACAAUUGUGUUUGCUGUGGCCCUUGCUGGCAUCCUCUGUGUGAUUUUCAGGCCAAAACUAUGCGCAAAAGGUGCCAAUGCUUCCUCUUCCAUCAGCUCAGAGGUUCCAGAAGGAGUGCUAAAUUCAGCGGCAGAUGUGAGUGAACUUCAGAUGAUUUCUCCUAAUCACUUGGAGCAGCAGUCGAGUACAGUGAACGACAACAACAACCAUUCCCUCAACCGCAGUCUGUCCCAUACAGGGUCUUCAGUGAAUGGAGUAUGUGACGUGUCAGAGAAGGCCGCUCUAGAGCAGUUCUCCAGUGGUUUGACUGAAUUAGAAUUAGGCACAGAUGAGGUUUUUGUCAUCGCUUCUGCACCCAACUCAGCCCAACUGCCUUUCUCUCCACAUACUCAAAGAGACCGUUUUCUGAGACACAGUGACACGGGACCCAGCCGCCCCUUUGACUGGCCGACUCCAGACCAAGCGCUGCCUUCUGUGACAAAGAGCAGCCAUGCCGGAUCGACACACAGCGCACGACCACGAGCAUGGAGCGUCCGAACCUUCCAGGAUCUCCUUCCAACUCUUCCUCAACUCCAUAAGAAAUGGUGCAGCUGGAACUCAACCAGCCCAUUCACAAAGCUGGUGGACAGUGGACUCCCAAGCACAGCUACAGACUUUGGAAGGGGAAAGGUCCUAUCUGAUGCUCCUCUUCAUAGUCCUGCCAACAGCUGCCAGUCCGACUCCUUCAUGAGUAACGCCUCGUACCCCCUAACUCAACCCGCCCAGUGCCAGCGACGCCUCAACUCCACCAGCAACCUCAGACGCGCACGUUUCAACACUCCAUGCUUUGGCCUGCUCUCUGGCACGUCCGAGUCCUCCAAACCACAAGCGAAUGGAAUUACAACCUCAAACACGUUCUCCGACACCAGCGGUGCCCCAUCUAGCCAGCUGCAGGUCAAAGGUCCAAUAUCAGGCAUUGAGGAUGACCACGUCACGGUACCAGUGUUUGCAAUCUCAGAAGAGGAAGACCGACAGCCUCUUGUGUCAGCAGAACAUCCCGAGAAGCCUUGGAGGAUGAAUGGACAGAUGUUUGAAGGCACAAAGAUGCCACUGCUAUCGAAAAGCCAAGUUCCCAGCAUCCAACCAAUCUCUUUAGCGAGGGGAGGCCGUGGUGGAGCACUGGAGACGCAGGAUCCUUCAGCUCUCUCUUGUUAACAGUAACUCCAGAAAUAAAGUCUGCCAGUGCCAUGAAGUUUGAGUAUGAUGCUCAUGUGACCAAUUUAGCCAAUAAAUGAUCUCAACAGGAUUGAAAACUCACAGCUUAUGAGCUGCUCCUGAUGUCUUCAUAUGCUGUGAAGCACAUACAAUAUGCUGUGGAGUUUCAAAAGGGUUUGUUAUGAAUAUUGGCAUGAGGGAAAAAUUUAAGCACUUAUUGUUCUUCCUGUUAUUGUAUCUGCACAGUUAAUUCGCUAAAACCAUCUAACAGUAUAUUUUAUAACCUGCAAAUGUAUGUAUAUGAUAAACCAAGAUCAUUUAAUGUUUCUACUCACUACAGAGAGUUUGAGUUUGUAGACUGGGUGCAUUAUUACUUUCAUUAUGAAAUUCCAUGUAUCUGCUCUAUGAACAAUACGGCUUGUUCUAAUCCCUUUGCAACACGUAGAAGACCAAUUAGCUGGUCUGGUAGAAAGCUGCUUGGCAUCUCUCUUGACUUCCACACGUUUUGUUUCUUGUAAUCACUAAGGGUCCAAUACACAUAUUGUACUGUUAUGUAUGAAUGGAAAUGGCAUAUAUAUUCUUAUUUCUCAAGGGACAUAACCACUGAAAAUUUCGUUUCGACUUUCUUCUACAAUCAAGUUACUGUUUUUCACCUGUAUCCCUUACUAUGUGCCUUAUGGCAAUCAUCUAUGCUGCUAAAUAUGCACUGAUGCAAUACCUGAAAUUGUGUAUACGGUCAUAUUUUUAUAACGAAUUCAAGUUCAUAUAUGCUGCAACGGUUUUCAUUAUAAUGGUGAGUUUUCCUGAAUGCAGUAAUAAUGUCAACCGUACUGACUGAUGGAUUAUAAAGGGAACUGAUCACUGUACAGACAUUUAAAAUGCAGUAACAUUUAAUGCAAAUAAAACCUUGUAUAU